UUCCUCUUCCUCUCCGGUCACAGUCGUCUUUGACUUUGAAACAUGGCUGCUGUCAGGGAGAUAGCGUAGUCCAAGAACCCUGUCAGGCUCAUUAUUGGAGCUCUGUGGUCGUGUAUUUUCCCUCAGAGCCGUCGUGCGUAGGUUUCGGACAUGUCAGAGAAAGAGGUCGGUAAAGGGAAGGAGAGUCCCGGGGAAAAAGGUUACAGGACACCCGGUCUGCGGGGCGCACAGACCACCACCCUGUUCCGAGCUGUCAACCCUGAGCUCUUCAUAAAACCUAACAAACCAGUGAUGGUGUUUGGACUGGUGACCAUCACCCUGUGUGUGGGCUACCUGGGCUACCUGCACGCCAUCAAAGAAAAUGACCAGCAGCUAUACGAGGCCAUCGACAGUGAGGGAGAGAGAUACAUGAGGAGAAAGACCUCCAAAUGGGACUGAUGUGUGUGUGUGUGUGUGAUUAUAUACUGCGAGGACAGAGUGAAUUAUAACCUGGCUGGACUGAAACAAGGACAAUGGACAAGUUUUCUCUAAAUUCUUAAAUGUACCUGCCAGGCUUUCUCAACACAACAAUAAGCUAAAACUACAAAAUAAAGGCAGGCACAAUGUUCAGUGUGAUGAGCAUCAUACUUGACGUGAAUUUCCCUCGGGAUAAAUAAACUAUCUAUCUAUCUAUC